AUGCCUUCAACGCAGUUUAUGGAUCAAUUUGUGAAGCGAAUUCAGCAAACUGGAUCCUUAUUGAAUAAAGCAACUCGUUCAUGUGCUCGUCCACUAAAGUCAACCGAAAACAUUGCUGCAGUUGCUCAGAGUGUGCUUGAACAACCAUCAACUCGUUCUCAAAAGUUGAACAUUUCACGCACUUCUUUGAGAAGAAUUUUGAAUAAAAACUUCGGUAUGAAGCCGUACAAAAUUCAAUUAGUGCAAGAAUUGAAGCCGCAUGACCAUCCGGUGCGUUUUCGAUUCGUCCAAUGGGCUGAACAACGCUUGGUUGAAGAUGAGCAUUUUUACCGAAAAAUCAUCUUUUCUGACGAAGCUCAUUUUCAUCUCGGUAGCUAUGUGAACAAGCAGAAUUGUCGUAUUUGGGGAUCAGAGAAUUCGCACGUCGUCAUAGAGAAGCCGAUGCAUCCACAACGAGUGACUAUUUAG